AGAUUUGGUCUCAUCACUGUGGGAAAAUGAGAAAAUAUACUGCCUUUGUUAAGGAGCUGAAGGGAGGUGUGAAAAUGACACUUCUGUCUCAGAAAAAUAGUAAUUAUAGCAUGCAUUUUAGGGAUAGCUUGUACAGAGUAUUUCUCCGCAGUGUGAUCUGUUCAUCCAAAGAGAUUCUAACAUGGUGAUCAUGGCUGCAGUCCUUUCAGGGCGGUGAUUUUGUCGACCACUGUAGACCAUACCUGGGUCCCCUGGGCCACUCAAAUUUCAGUCAAUACGGGGGCUGUAAUGGAUGCAGUAAGUGCACCGACACACGCCUCUGCAAAUGCGCCUGAAUCAUAGAUGCGAACAAGAAUUAGUGCCAUUCCUUUUUACGGACGAUGUUCUGACGCGCUGAUGUGAUGGUCAAUUGAAAUUUAGGAAUCUUUGUAAAGGACUUAAACUUACAACACUAUUGUCAUAUCAUCUGGAAACGCUCCAUAGGCACGAGAUACGUGCGCAGCCCCCUUCAAAAAGUAGUGCCGGUUGAAGCAGUGCGCGAAUCCAAACGUACCAUUUCAACUUUCGCUAUCGCUACUGUCAAACAUUGACAGCCCAGACAGAGUUAACAUGGACAUGUUUUUGCACCGCCUGUAAACCUGGACUUUGGGAUGACACAAAUACAGCAUCGUGGACAGUAACACCAGGUUUGUCCGCAACAAUCUGAGUCAAUUUAAAGCUUUAGUUACUAACUUACAUGCUAGCCUGGAAAUGAUUAAGCUAACGAGAGUCUACAGUAAAGGAACCAGGUUGAGUAGCCAGGCAGAGAUGGGGGAAACGACACAAGUUGGGGCACGCUAGCUUAUAAACCAAAGCCACUAACUAACUUAGCUAAGGAUAUGUUACUGUUACUCUGUAUUAGUUUACUUGUCAAGUGAAUAACAUACAAUAUGUUUGAGAAAGUUAAGUUACUGUAAUAUCAGAACGGCACUAUUUUAUGCUUGCUCUGGCUAACGUAAUUGAAUGCACUCUGGCAGAAGUAUGAGUCCCGUGACACUGGGUCAUGCUGUUUCAUGCUAAGUAGUCAACACUCAGCCACCGGUAGAAAGAAGCGAGUCCUCUCAAAACCGUUGAUUUGGUUCAUGUAUGGCUUUCUCGUUGACAUUCGAAGACCAACUUGAGUUAACAUCCAACCAUUACAAACAAGUUGCUUUUUGGUAGCUAACGGCAGCUUGAGGAACCCAUGCCAGUCCCAAUGGCUGAGCAGAAGCCGUGCCCUGGAAUGUCUCUACAGGAUGAUUCCUGUCCUUCCGGAGUCCAGCACCCAUGUUCUGGCAGAGUUCGACUGCCUGGACCCACUGCUCUCUGCGCUGCGGCUGGACUCGGGCAGACUCAAGUGCACAUGUCUGGCCGUGUCCAGGAAGUGGCUUGCUCUGGGGACAUCUGCCGGGGGUCUGCAUCUCAUUCAGAGAGAGGGCUGGAAGCAGAGACUCAUCCUCACACACAAGGAAGGAGCCAUAACCCAGGUUGCUUGCUGCCCUCACGAUGAAGACUUUAUCGCCGUUGCCACAAGUCAGGGGGUGGUGGUGGUGUGGGAGCUGCAGCUGGAGCGUCGGGGUCGGCCUGAGCGAGCGUGUGUGUCCUGGGAGCACCGUGGCCAGGCUAUCACUGCUCUGUGCUGGGACACCGCCAGCCUGCGCGUCUUUGCCGCGGACGCUGGGGGAAAGGUGUCUUUCAUCCGCGCUGGCUCCUCCAAACUCGGCAAGGGCUCUGCGUUCGUGAUCUUCCCCGUGCAGACAGUCACCACAGUGGACUCCAAGGUGGUGCAGCUGGGCUACCAGGAGGGCCGGCUGCUUGUGUCCUCCCUGAGCCGCUGCUACCUGUGCGACACAGACAGAGAGAAGUUCUGGAGAGUGGGUAAUAAGGAGCGUGACGGGGAGUACGGGGCGUGUUACCUGCCCCAGGCGCGGGGAUCUGGGGGGAGUCCCCCCCCCCUGCUGUACUGUGCGCGGCCCGGCUCGCGUAUGUGGGAGGCCAGCUUCGGUGGGGAGGUGCAGAGCACACACCAGUUCAAACAGCUGCUCGCCUGCACACCAGUGCCCCUCAUCACCUACAAGCAUGAGCCACACUAUAACCCCAACCAGAAGAGUCCUCAGUCUCUGGCUUUCCCAAAGCUGUUGCACCUUGGAGAUCAGCACCUUCUGACCUGGACUGAUUCUGCCAUCUAUAUCUUCACACCUCAGAGUGACCAAGUGCUCUUAUGGACAGAGGUUAAAGGCAUUGUGGAGGUGGCAGUGUUUCGCAACGAGCUCUUCUGUCUCUAUGGUGACGGCCGCCUGUCACACUUCUCGUUGCUGUCAGCCGAGCGUUGCGUGGAGAGGUUGCUACGGCGAGAGGCCUGGACGCUGGCAGCCACUGUCUGCUGCAUGUUCCCGCACACUAUUGCGUCCAGCAGGGCCAGGAAGUCCGUCCCUAUGGACCGUCUGGAGCACCUCAAGUCUCAGCUCAGCGCCGCCUCCCACACUGAGCUGAUUGGUCAGCUUGAGGACGUCAUCACCAAGCUGGAGCCCCUAGACUCCGCCUGCAGCAGCCGCCGUAGCAGUAUCUCCUCCCACGAGAGCUUCAAUGUUCUGGACUGUGGAAUCUACCGGGUCAUCAGCCGCAGGGGAAGCCAAUCAGAUGAGGACACCGGCUCCCUGGUCAGCCAAUCAAUGCUUGAGGAGGAGCGACUGAAGGAGUUUAGCUUUACUCAAGAGGAAGAGCCAGGGGAGCCGGACGUGCAUCAGGGAGAGCGAGCGGAGGCCGAGCGCGUGGAGCCAGGGCUGCAGUUCCACCUCCCACUCUCAUUCCGCCACAAACCACCACGCAUUGCCCUGCAGGCCGUCCGAGACAGUGUGUCUAGUUUUGUGAAGAAGACCACAGAGAAGAUCAACACCCUUCAGAUGAAUGCUGACCUUUGGCCUCGGCCUGACCUCAGGGACGGGUCACAGGGAGAGGUCAUCAUCACCACCAUCACCCCCUUCCCAGAGGUGGAGGACCACGAGCCCACUGGAGAGCAGUCGAGUGCCGAGAAUGACCUACAGGAGCUCAGAGCAGCCACAGAGAAAGCCAUAGCUCAGGUCCAGGAUCUGCAUGUUCUGUUGGACCCAGCCAGUUUGGAGGAGGCCCUGCUGGAGUGGCUUCCAGUGUUGGAGCGGGUUCUGGGCCCAGAGGAUCUUACAGAACCGGAUCUGGAGCGGGAGGAAGAUGGUGAAGAGGAGGAGGGUUUAUUGGAGAGAGAGCUAGAGGUUCUGUCCUGCUCUGCAGCUCAGCAUUCCGAAGAGGUCACAGGGUCAACAAAGAGGGGUUCAGAGGACCCUAAACUCCUGGCGGCUGAGAAGGACCUGAGAGAGACCAGUAGCGCUAGGCAGCACAAAGACAUGGAGCCAAUCUGCCUGCUUUCGUCGCGACCUUUGCCCUCUGACCUCCAGGCUGACAUCUCCCAGCUGACCUCCCUCUGCCUGGACGUGGGCUGCGUGAGCCGGCGGGGCCCUGAGGCGGGACUGAGUGGAGAAGAAGGAGGGAGUGUGUGUGUGGAGAGUGUGUGUGUUUUUCUGAGGCGCUAUUUCUUCCUGCUGGACCAGGAACACACACGCAGGGUGUGUAUGCAGAGGUACAGACAGCAUCCGGGGGUCCUGAAGGAUUUCAUAGCGGGAAUGCUAGAAUACACUCAGUCCAGUAAGGUGGUGGAGAUUAUCCAGAAGGGGGAUCUGCUGAAGUCUCUGAGGAGCCUGAAAGAGCUCCGGCCCUGGAACACCCCUCUACUCCUGUCACACCUGUACAGACUGUAUGAGAAGCAUGGGGAGCUAGCCAUUCGCUCGUUCCCCCAGUUCUAUCCCACAAUCCUCCCCUCUGACGUACUGGCCAUGGCCCAGCGCAGCCACUUCCUGCCUUACCUGGACAACCUGGUGCAGUCCCGCGCUGAGGAGCAAAGACUGACCUUCCUUGGGUCCCUCCUUCAGCCUGAAUCCCUGCGACAGGAUUGGCUGGAGCUGGCUCUUUCCCAUGAUUCACCACAAAGGAGUGACACUUUAACAGAAGAGGGACAACCUCGGUGGCACUCUCAUUAUUUCAGCUGGGGGUACGGCCGCCUCCUCUCCCUCCUUAUCCGUCAGCCGGCUGACCUAGCGUCGAAACAGAAGAUGCUGGACACAUGCAAAAGACAUGGGUACUGGACGGGCUACCUGCAGCUGUGCAGUGAGCUACAGCGCCGCCCAGAGGCCUUUGCUGCCAUCUGCAGUCUGGAUGACAUGAGUCUGCUGGAGUUGCCCAAUGGUAUUGUGCCUCAGACCCUGGAAGAGUGGAAGCUGCUGAUACAGCUCGCCCAGCAAAGCUGCAGGGGGAGUUUGGACGCGACCAAUGGAGCCACUAGCACUAGCGCUAACAACAGUAGCACUGUUAACGGUAGCAGCACGGCUAAUGGUAUCAUUAAUGGUAACAUUAGUAACAGUGCUAAUGGAACCAGCUGUGCUAUUGGCGCUAGCGGUGCUAGUGAAGCUAGCGCUACCAGUCCCAGCAGUGCUAAUGGAACCAGCUGUGCUACUGGGGCUAGCGAUGCUAGUGGAGCUAGUGCUUCCUGCCCCAGCAGCGCUAAUGGUGGUUUAGCUAACGGCUCUGCAGACAGGAGCAGCCAGAUCACCCGAGAGUCCCUGACACUCAGGUUGGCUCGUGUGGCAGGGCCAGACCAGGCCCUGGAGGCCCUGCAGGAGUGUGGGGUCCAGCUGGAGCUGGGGCACCAGUCUACCUGGGUGUGUGACCUGCUGAGGGUGGCAGAGAAGAGACAGAGGGCUCUGAUCCACACUAUGCUGGAGCGAUGCGAUCGUUUCCUGUGGUCCCAGCAUGCCUAGAGUAAAAGGCUGCCUGCCUGUUGCAAUACUGGUCAGGUUAUCUCAGUUACCUCAACUAUGCCCUAAUCUCCAGCCCCAUGCCACAACCUCCCAUGGGACCUCCCUAAUACAGCGUCAGCCAUUCCAACUGUUACUUAGUAUUUCCAAGCACAAAUAUCAUAUGGGAAUUUUAAAAAGACAGUAUUAACAUUUUUGUUUCAUAUUUUAAAUGAUAAUAAUAAUAAUAUAAUAUAUGCUUAUAAUUAUUUAUCUAUUUAUCAACAUCAGAGGAUGAUAUUUGUAUUUGAAUCAUGGGCCUUAUAACAAAUCUUGUACUUAUUAAGCAUAAGAUGUGAAUGUAUGUUUACUUUUUCUGGCCAAAGUUAGAUGUGUAUUAAUCUAACUUCACUAGGAGAGUGGCAUCUCACAGUAACACUCACAUAUUUAAAGCCUUACUCGGCCACUACUCUAAGAGCUGCCUCUGGUUAACUAAUAGUUCUGUGGAUGCUAUCAGAAGUCGCAGGUGUGUAAUAUUUUUUAAGAUUGUCUUCCAUUGAAAACAUCAAUUCUCUCUAUAAAUAACAGCUCGGUAAAAGUG